ACCCCCACAUCUCUCUCUCUCUCUCUCUCUCUCUAUGUGCUUCGCAGUCACUUGACAAUGGACCUCCUCACCAUCUCUUCCAACUCUCUCUCAUCACCCCCCUCCUUGUCUUCUCUCUAAAACCCCAACUCUCUCUUUCCGACCCUAUACUUCACCAUCUUCGAAAUGCUCACUCGCUUCUCAACAAACACCCAAUAAUCCCAAAACCCAAUUCGGUGAUUCGCUAGGGUUCGAGCUCAAACAACUCAACCACUCUCUGCAUUUGUGGGCUCCGCAGACUCCUGCGACGGCGAUGAGAGGCGCCGCGUCCGAUGCCAUGGGGCUUUUGCUGAAGGAGAGGAUCGUCUUAUUGGGCAACCAAAUCGAUGAUUUUGUUGCCGAUGCUAUCAUCAGUCAGUUGCUUUUGUUGGAUGCUCAAGACCCAUCUAAAGAUAUCAGGCUUUUCAUCAAUUCGCCUGGUAGGUCUCUCAGUGCUACAAUGGCUAUCUAUGAUGUCGUAAAGCUUGUGAGGGCUGAUGCUUCCACAGUUGCACUGGGCAUUUCAGCAUCAACAGCUUCCAUAAUCCUUGGUGGUGGCACCAAAGGCAAGCGCCUUGCAAUGCCCAACACACAGAUAAUGAUACAUCAACCUCUUGGAGGUGCAAGUGGACAAGCGAUAGAUGUUGAAAUCCAAGCCCGGGAAAUCAUGCAUAACAAGGAUAAUGUCACAAAAAUAAUAUCAACUUGCACUGGUCGCCCAUUUGAGCAAGUGCAGAAAGACAUUGAUAGGGAUCGCUACAUGUCUCCUAUUGAAGCAGUUGAAUAUGGAAUAAUUGAUGGUGUUAUUGAUAGAGAUAGUAUUAUUCCACUUAUCCCGUGCCAGAAAGGGUGAAAUCUACACUCAAUUAUGAGGAAAUCAGCAAAGACCCGAGGAAAUUUUUGACUCCUGAUAUCCCCGAUGAUGAGAUAUAUUAGACAGAAACUAUUAAUACAGGCUUGAGUCCAGGCUUGGCAUCAGCAGAUUGUUCAUCUUUUUUCAUCCCAUGUCCCAGCAGGUAUUGGGGGUUCCAUUGCGACUGGGCUGGCCCUGAACCAAACUAUAGCGGAGUCACGGUUGAGAUGUUUUAUGAUUCUCUUGUUUCCAUUUAUGAAAAAAGAUUGUUUGAAAGAUUUUGAUCUCUCUCAAUAUUGCUAUGUGAGGCAUUUGGAUGUAUCAGAUUGCAAAUCCUGGAAUGAUGGUUUGACAGGAAAUUAUAGUGAUGAAAUUAUAUA